AUGGCCUUUCCCUCUCUCUUGUCCGAGCACGAACAAAAGGCCUUUUCCGCAUUCCUCGGCCAGCUCGCUGAAGAAGAACGAUCCAAGCCUCACAACCAACCUGGAUCACAACCUCUCCUCGGUGGACAUGACUACCAUCAACAUCAACAACAUCAGCACCAGGGCCGUCCUUCUCCUCAGAGCCACCUUCAACUGAACCCGGUCUUGUCCUCCCAACAUGGUCCAAGCAGCCCAAACAGAGUUCGUUCAGUGCCCUCAGAUCUUCCAUUGUCAAUGGCUCAGCAGCAACAACACGAAUGGGCGCCACAACAAGUGAACGCAAACCAGUUGUUGGCAUCUGGAGGCGUUCUUGAUCCCCAGACCAUGAGCCAGGCGUUUCUCCAGAACCCCGAACUGAUGGCGCAGGCCAGUGCGAUUUCGCAGGCAAUGGUGCUCGCACAACAACAACAACAGCAACAGCAACAACAGCAGCAACAGCUACAACAGCAGCAACAGCAACAACAACAACAGAUACAACAACAGAUUCAAGCACAAGAGCAGAUGGCUCACCAACAACACAACUCGAACCCAAACCUUCAUCUGCAUGAAACUCGCUCUCAGGACCUUCACCCACAGCCGCAUCACUAUCAACAACAUCCUUCCUCAGAACUUUAUCCACAGUACCAACAACAACAGCAAAUCCCGUCAUCUUUUCACAAUGGAUACUCUGACCCAAGCAUGCCAAUGGGAAUUGAUCCUUCAUUCGAGACGGGCUUUGGACCAGCAAGGACAGUCAAGAAGAGGAAGUCCCAGACCAGUCUCCAUGGAGGACAUACAUCACGAUCGAGUGGAACCCCUCCCCCUCUUCCAUCGAACACUGGUGCCAUCCAUCAUUCGACAUCUUCGGCGUACGUGUCAACAUCACCCGACGGAUACUACGAGAGCGAGCACGCAGCGUAUUUUGACCAAGGACAAGAGUUCACUCCGCCUUCCAAGAAAUCUGCUCGUCGCAAGGGGUCCUCGGCCAACGAUUAUCAAUAUACUUCAUCAAGUCCCACCUACAAGGCUGGCCAGCGGUCAAGCCACGAUGGUCAUGAUUCGGGCCAUUCUGCUGGCAGCGUCGGUGGUGUUCAGCGUAAGACAAGCGAGGCAUCGUUCUACGUGGUGACUGGUCGAACCAGCAGAGACGGCAGCGAGGAUAUGGGUCAUGGCAAUGAUCACACCAACUACCAGCACCCACACCCGCACCACCAUAAUGGAUACUACUCAAACGGACUGAGCAUGAACUACACGGCUGAACAGAUUGCUGAGGGCGACGAGGCCAUGAUGUCGAAGCUCAACAACCACAAUCGCCACCCAUACUCAGACGACCAGGAAGACCCCUCUCGCGCACUCUCUCCACAGCAGAACAACUCUUUGAACCAGAUGCAACCGCGAGGGCCAGGAAAGAAGCUGCCCCAUGAGCUGUUGACGGACGCAGAAAAGAAAGCGAACCACAUUGCGUCGGAGCAGAAGAGGCGCCAAAAUAUCCGCUUCGGAUUCGAUUCUUUGGUCGAAAUUGUUCCCACGUUAAGCGAGUGCCAACGCAGCGAGGCGCUCAUCUUGCAGAAAUCUGUAGAUUACAUCCAGCGCCUUCUGGAGCAAAAGAAUGAGCUCAAGAACAAAGUGCGGGACCUCCAGGUCAACCUUGGAGAAUCAGCGGAUGGCGAUGAAUCUGCAUCCGAAAUGGAGUACGAGGAGUAA